CCCGUGCGAGGCUGUCCUGGAGACCCCGCGCUGCCUGCACCUCUAUCGUCUCGGUUGUCAUGGAUGAUGAAGACGGCAGGUGCCUUCUAGAUGUAAUUUGUGACCCAGAAGCUCUCAAUGACUUUCUUCAUGGAUCUGAGACCCAUUUGGACACUGACGACCUUUUGGAUGGUUCAAGUGACCCCUCCAGCUCAUUCUUCUCUGCCACUGGGGGCCACGUUCCAGAGGUCCAGCCUACAGCCCAGCUGUCGGCCAAUGAGUCAACAGGCCUUCCUAGAGUCAGUGUUGACUUGGACUUCUUGGAGGAUGAUGACAUCUUGGGAGGGUCCCCAGGUGGAGAAGGUGGGAGCAAUGGCAUUGGGACAAAUCAUGAGCCAUGUGACAUCUUGCAGCAAAGUUUGGCUGAAGCCAACAUCACAGAGCAAAGCUUACAGGAGGCAGAAGCUGAGCUGGACCUGGGCUCCUUUGGAAUUCCAGGCCUUACACAGGUGGUUCAGACACUGCCUGAUGCCAGCCUUGCUGGGGCUGGAAACAGUGCUGUUGGUGUAGGCAUUGGUGUUGGGGGAGCAGCAACGAUUUUUCCCGGGUCAGCCACGAGCACCACUGCUACUCCCCCCAACGCCACAACUGACAUGCUAGGGUCAGUUCUUGCUCAACAGGGCCUUCAACUCCAAUCCCAGGUCAUGAACAAGGCAAUCAGUGUUCAGCCAUUUAUGCAGCAAGUGGGCCUAGGAAAUGUGACGCUUCAACCCAUUUCAAGUCUUCAAGCUCUUUCUAAUGGGAGUCAAUCUGGACAUUUGGGUAUUGGACAGAUUCAGGUUGUGGGUCAGCCUACCGUCAUGACUAUCAAUCAGUCUGGCCAGCCAAUCCUGGCUAAAGCCAUGAGUGGUUACCAGUUGCACCAGUCUGGGCCAGAGGUAUCAGGUGCUGGUCCUCAGCCAGGGCUUGGAGGCUCAGGAGGUGGACUUCUGAUCCAAAGUAAUAAAGCUACUCUCGGAUCUCCAGCUUUAAAUGGGCCGGCUGUUUGUGUCAGCAGCACAAACAGCAGCAGUGGUGGUACAAUGACUGCUCCUGCUGGGCUUGUGGGUUUUGGCAACACCCUUCUAAGUUCAGGAAUAGGAUCCCAGACACAACCUCAAGGCCAAAUCAUGCAGAACGUGAUCAUCCAGCGCACACCACCACCUAUUCAGCCUAAACCCCCUCAGGGGGGAGCCAUCCAACCGAAACUCUUCAAACAACAACAGCAGCAGCCACAGCCAGCACCCCAAGUCUUGCAAAAUGAUGCCCACAAGGCCCUAGGGCUGCAGCAAAUUCCAGUUUCUGCUGCUCAGAAUGUAGCCUUCCUGACAGGAAAGCCAGGCUCCAAUGUUGUCCUGAGUACUCAAGCCACAACUCAAGGCGCUCAGUUUCAGCAAACCCUCUUCAAGCCACAAGCAGCACAACCAUCUGGCAAGCCCCUGAGUGUACACUUGUUAAACCAAUCUAGCAGCAUUGUUAUUCCUUCUCAGACAGUUCUGCAAGGUCAGAACCACCAGUUUCUCUUGCCACAGCUACAAGCAGGUGGGCAGAUCCUGACCCAGCACCCCGGGGGCCACAUCAUCACAAGCCAGGGUCCUGGUGGACAAAUCAUUGCAAACCAGAUUUUAACUGCAAACCAGAAUAUCAACUUGGGUCAGGUGUUGACGUCGCAGAGCCAUCCUGGGGCAGCCCACAUCCUCUCUGCACCCAUUCAGCUCCAGCCUGGCCAGAUGGGCACGCCUACCCUCUUUCAGAUGCCUGUCACAUUGGCUCAGAGCCAAAAUCAGACACAGACCCAGACUGUCUCAGGUCAUGCCCAGACAGUCAUACAGGGCAUGCCAAUUCAGAACCCCCUGACCAUGCUGAGCCAGGUGGAAGGACUGAGCCCCGCUGUCAGCCUUCAGCCAGCCCUGCAGCCCCAGCCAGGUGGAGUCCCUAGCAGCACAGUAGCAGCAACUAUGGCUCAAGGACAGCCUGGAGAGUGUGUAACUGUGCUGGGAAGCUCCACAGACCAGGCUACUCAUCCCACUCAGCAGCUUGUACCACAGCCAUCUAUCCUUGCCAUGCAGCCGGCUUCUACUGUGUCCACGGUUACCACCGCAUCUUCCUCCUCUCCGUCCAUGUCAGUUUCCACCUCUUCCUCUGUCACAGCAGUGGGGCUGGUCCCCCCUCAGGCUCAGCAAAGUCCAGGGAGGUUACUGUUCACCAACCAGGGCUCCAGCAUGAUCCUGAGCCAAGAGUCUCUGCAAAUGUUUCUUCAACAGGAGCAGCACCACCAAACAGAGAAUGAGUCAACCCCCUCUGUGGGCGUACCUGCAUCUGUAAUCGUCAGCAGCAACAGCAUCACUACUCCGGCCCCUGCUGUCCAUGACAGCCAAUUAACUGACUCUUGGGUGGGCCAGAGCCACAGCCCUUCCCCUGGCCCUUCCCACAUGGUAAAGCAGGUACCCUCCAGUGGACAUCAGCAGCCUCUGAAGAUCCAUAGAAUGUCUCCUUGUCCACCUGCCACAGCACCACCAGUGGCAGAAAGUCCCCAGCCUUCCCAGUCUCCUCUUACUCUGAGCCAGCAGAUCCAGUCACCACACCACCAACAGCAGUCACGCCCUCCCUCUCAGCCUCAGCCACAGUCGCAAACUCCUUCUCGCUCAUGCACACCCUCAUCUCACCCUCCACUCUUUAUUGUCCAUAACCAAAUUGCAGAGUCCCCCAAACCAGCUCCACAAGGCCAGCCACAGCAAACGCCACCCCAACAGACACACAUUCAAGUUCAACUUCAGCCUCAGCCGGCCUCUCAGUCUGCCCCUUACCAACAAGACAUGCCUCCUAUGUCACAGUCACCGAAGCCUCCACCUGCACAACAUCAGUUCACUGCAGCUCCUGUCAGCGCUUGUGCCACCACUGUGGUUAAAACCCAUGUUCCCAUCCAGGGCCUGACAUCAGAUCAGCAACAUAAUCUGCAGUUAGUAGGAGCACAAAUUCAGACUCUUUCAGCCAUCUCUCAACCCUCACCUAAGCAGAAACAGCUGCUGGAAAGGCUUCACCAGGUCCAGCAGAACAUCAUGCUACAAGCUAAGCAGCCUACUCAGCCUCAGCCUCAAAUCACCACUCAGUUUAGUUCCCAGCAAGAUGUGCCUCUUGAUAAAGUGGUGAUUGCAUCAUCAUCAGCCAGCACUGGUACACCUGCUCAGCUACCCUCAAUGCUGCAGCCGACAUCAGUGCUUGUCAAAACUCCUACAGCAUCAAGUGACUUACAGGUAUUCUCAGGAGCCCAAGGGCAAGCUGGAGCAAUGGUGAAUCAGACUGUCACUCCUGCCAGCCUUACCCAGCCUGCACAGGUUCAGCCAAAGCCAGGAGUGAUAAGCUCUGUUGGAGGGGUGACUUUGGGGAAAGGUGGCAUGCAGAUACAGGUGUUGGGAGCUAGUCUGACUCAAAUGCCUGCUCCACAGCCCCCAGCUUCAAUACAAGCUCAGACAACAACAAUAAUGAAAAUGCCUUUCAGCGCAGAGCCCAGUAAAGAAGCCAGGAUGCUAGAGCAGCUAAGGAAACAUCAGGGUUCAGUGCUUCACCCAAACUACAGUGCCCCUUUCUGCUCAUUUGAUGACACACUGCACAGACUCCUGCCUUACCAUCUCUACCAGGGAACUGCCAACUCUUCUCAAGAUUAUCAAAGAGUGGAUGAUGAAUUUGAGAAGGUCUCCAGCCAGCUGCUGAAAAGAACUCAGGCCAUGCUGGAUAAAUAUCGUUACCUGCUCUUUGCAGAGUCAAAACAGAGACUGGGCCCCUCGGCAGAGAUGGUGAUGAUCGACCGGAUGUUCAUUCAAGAGGAGAAGGUUGCAUUAAACCAGGACAAGAUUUUGGCAAAGGAGAGGCCAGAAGAGUUUGUGGCAAAUGUGCGAAUGUUGGAGAGUGUUUCAUCCCAGCAGAAAUUAUCAUCUGCUGAACCCACCCCAGUGAGCGGAGGGGUAUCUGCUGCUGUCCCUGCUCCAGCGCCUGCUGUUGCUGUUGCUGCUGCUCCUGCUCCUGCUGCCAUCCCAUCCCCUGUUCCAAUCAUUGCCCCAAACCCUCCGCCUGCACCCACACCAGUUUCUGCUCCUGCUCCUUCUCCUGUCUCAGUUCCUUCUGCGGCCCCUUCUCUUUCCCCUUUCCCUCCUACCAAGCUCGUGAUAAAGCAGGGUGGAGGCAGUGCAUCUGUGUCCUGGUCCAGUAGCUGUCCUCCUCCUCCAACUCCACCAGUCAAGCCAGUGGCUGAACCCACUAGCCAGAUCUCUACAGUUCGCACUCCAGCAUCGUCAUCCUCAUUUUCAUCCUCGACAUCAAACUCUCAAGCGGCUGAUGACGAUGAUGCUCUUCCACAGCGAACGAGCAAACCGCCUAUCAAGACCUAUGAGGCUCGCAGGAGAAUUGGUUUGAAGCUAAAGAUCAAGCAGGAUCAAACGGGGUUCAGUAAGGUGGUCCACAACACUGCCUUAGACCCAGUGCACACACCUCAACCUCAGCUGAGCAGCCAGUCUAUGUCCCAGACUCAGCCACAGUCUGAAGCUGCUGUAUCACAAGCGAAGGUUCACCCUUUAUCAACCCCUUCGGCCACAGUUAUCAGAACUCAGUCCCCUGUAUGCACUACUUCGUCUGGCUUGUCAGUCACAAUAUCAACCUCUCAGUGUAACCCAUCACUGAGAGGAAGUGUUCCCCCCAUUUCAGCCUCAUCUUCCUCCACCCCUUCAGCCCAUACUUGGUCUUCAUCCACCUCCUCAUCUUCCAUUCAAAUGAAUGGGACUUUGGAUCACCACGACACAGGUGGGGUCAAACACAACCCUGCCUCUACUGCCACUUCCUCACAGACAACUUGCCGUCUUCCCCUUCGAAAAACUUACCGGGAAAACAUUAGUCCUCGGGUCAGACCUGGUGUCCCAGGUGGAGGAGAUGAAAAUUUGUCCUACCCCAGAACCACACCAUCACCCCCCAGACACGAGGCCUCAAAUCCUCCCUCAGAGCGGACAGUGAUAGCAAGUGUGAAAGUAGAGAAGAGAGACAGGGAGGCCUUACUCACUCACACAGAUUCAAGCCACGAAACUGGCCGUUUGGGGAGUGCAGUGCAGGGGCUGGACGAAAUGGAUGUGUUUAGUCGUGGUAUCAAAACCACGCAACACCAUCAUCUCCCACAGCUUCUAGACAGAGAAGGGGCAAAGGAGAGAGGGGAAGAGCACACAGGCCAAGAGACAGAUGUAAGUAAAUACAAGAGGUUGAGUGGAAAAAAUCGACAUAAGGCAGGAGGAACAUUCAGAAUGGACCAGCAUGCCCCUGGGCCUCCGUCACCAGAGUCUUCCUUCACACGAGACUCUUUGCUUCCUGCCAAACGCUGCAAGUCAGACUCUCCUGACAUGGAUAACGCCAGCUUCUCCAGCGGCAGCCCUCCAGAUGACUCACUGAAUGAGCAUCUGCAGUGCGCCAUUGACAGCAUCCUAAAUCUGCAGCAGGAACCCUCUACCCGCGGACACCAUAUUAAAGGGGGCAACAGCAGACCCCACCAACACCAAAGUCAGCGCCCUGGGGGCUCAGCGCCCUCAUCACACAGACCUUCAGUCCCAUCCUCUUCCUCUGCUUCUUCGUCCUCUUCCUUGGCCCAGCACCCUCAGGUUGGUGGCCGUGGCCACAACGGCAGCCUGGUGCCCCAGACUCAAAGUAGAUAACAGCCCCUCAGCCUCAGGCCGGACUCACAAGGGGGAACUAUGAAACAGUUUAAUGAGGCAGGGGAAAGGGGCACUGUGAAAACAGUAUCACUGUAGUACUCUGCCAGGCUGUGUUGGCUUUGUUUGUUUAUUUGAAUUGUCCAAACAUUUCUUUGUCAUUUACAGUCUGAAGUAGCCCCAUGAUGGAAGUACAAGCAUAGUCAAAAAUGGUGAAUUGCAGACUUGAACAUGCUCGAUAGAUGUGCUCCCUCAGCCAAAAUCGAGUAACAAGAUGAAAUUGUCAGUGACUAUUGUUCUCUAAUUCUGUCUUUCUUUUUCACUUUGGUCUUUUUUUUUUCCUCAUUCACUUGUUCUUACAUUCCUUUCAUGUGGUCUGAGCACCAGUCUCUGUCCACAGCGGUUCAUCUUCUGGUUUAAUCAGUGUCCUAAUGAGCAUCAGGCAGCUUAUUCAAACAGUUUAGAAGGUAACAGCUUUUCACUAAGAGAGCUGCAGAAGAAAGGCCAAAGAGGUUACAGCAGUGUAGUACUGUAAACAGUCAUAAUACAUCCAGUGUGCUGCCGUACCUACCAUAUUUGAUUCUCUUAUCGCAAAGAUAGUGCUGCUCCAGAGAUGCAAACAACAAAUGCUAAAAUGAUGCAGUCCAACUCUUUAUCAAGAACACGCUUCUUUAUGUAGUAUAUUAACCCUAAAGAUCAGUUGCUUUGGUCUUAAGGUAAACUCCUCUUGAAUUGAAAAAACUGAGUACCAUCAACCUCUGUGUGUCUCCAUUUUAAACAGAUAUCAUGUCUUUUUUUUUCUUUUCUUUUUUUUGAGUAAAUGUUGAGGAAAAAAAAUUGAACGUUUGUAAAAUUGGUUUGAAAUUGACUGCUCAGAUGCUGUUGUACUGUCAGGAUGUAAAUGAACUUGUAAGGAAAUGCAUUUUUUUUCUGCUUCUAUUGUCAGAUGAUUUUCCAGUUUCUUGUUUUUAGACUGCACCUCCACUCACCCCCUGUUGCCUGUGAUGCCAGGUUAGGACUUUAUGCAUUUCAGUCAGCAGGGGUCAGGCAAGGUUUCUGUGUUUUCUGUCUUUUGGAUCUUCCUGUCACUGUAUACCUGCCUCACUUGAGUUUUUGUUUUUCUUUUUGUUUGUUUGUUUUAUUUUUCCCCCUUCUUUGUAUAAGCCUGGUGGACAAUUCAAACACAAACACAGCACAAGCAUUGAAAUUGAAAAAAAGGAACAAUAAUAAUGUACAAAAAAGACCGUAAGAGAAUUUGAAGUAUAGUAUUACAGAUUAAUUUUGUAUUGUAUUUAUUGUGUAUAAUGACACUUUUUAAAAAGAACAUGUACAUUUAGUAAAACUGUAAAUUAAACCUUGCUUCUUUUAUGAAAUAUUGCAGCGUCCUGUCCUCUACUCUUUUAUUCCUCAACUCUGUUCCACCACUCGAGGCUGCAUUCCUUUCGUUUACUAACACUGACCGAGGAG